AUGUUUCGCUCACGUGUAAUUGUGACAGCCAAUAUUCAGAGCCGCAGGCCGCGUAAUGUGGUUAAAGAUCCAGACACAAGCGUUGGGAAUACGUUGGAAAAAGAAGUAAACAAACAAUCGGACAGUGUAAGUGAUAAAUUAAUUAAAUCGGAGGAAGUUAUUCCGAAUAAUGACAGUGAUAAAAAAAUAUCAGGUGAAACUGAUAAAGAGUCAGCCGAAAAAAGUGAUACUGUCAAUAAUUUAGAUAAAAAAAUUGAUUUUGAUAUUCCUGUACCUGUUAAUGAAGCUGUGUCUGAUGCUCCUGUUGCUGAAUCAGCUGUUGAGCCUACCAACGGUGCUGUUACUGAUGGCCAUGUCACUACUGACGUUUCUGAUGCAGAAACCAGCUCCAGUGAGCAAAAAAAAAACAUUUCUUCAACAGCGAAGAAAUUAUUACCACGGUCAUGUUUCAUGAGACCCGUUCCGAGGCUAGACGCUCGUCCUAGAGUGAGAAGAAACAGCGUUCAAGGAAGCGGCGCCAGUGCCAGUGAAUCUGAAGAUGACAGCCGCAGAGUUAUUUCUGUGCCGAUCAGCAAUCCUAGCAGGACUGCUCCAGAAAACUCGGACAAUAAUCAGUGUAGUCUCAGUAUUAGUUUUAGUGCUAAUAAUAAUAGUAGUAAUAAUGUUAAUUAUAAUAAUAAUAAUAAUAAUAAUAAUAAUAACAGUAAUACUGAUAAUGAAUCGUCGACUGCUGGGACCAAGAGUAAUGUCAAGCCGAAAAAAAAGUUUGUUAUUUCAGAGUCCACGAGAAAGCUGGCUGAGAAGAAGAGAAGUUUUCGGUUGGAGCACAAAGAUGGCAAACCAGAUCGCUCUAAAUUGACGAUGUAUGAUUUGAUUCAUUAUAAUCCUUCGACUAAUCCGAUGACGCAAAUUGAAACUUCUAAGAAGCCUGUUUUUCGAUCUGUACCAAGUGAUGAAGAAAUAAUAAACGAAGAUGCAGAUGACCCUGAGGAGCCUGACGAAGGUGGUAUGCCAGCCCCACAAGUUAAAAUCGGGCCUGACGGAGAGCUGAUUCUAGACGAGCAGAGUCUUGUUAUAGAAAGAACAUCAGUAAUUAAACAGCGUGAAGCCUUAGCUCGAACCGAUGCAGUUAUUGACGACAAUAUCUACGGCAGCGGGUUCUACAAGCAGCGUGCGAGGAUGAAAGAAUGGCCAAAGUGGGAGACAAUAAAAUUUUACAAAGCAUUGAAUGCCAUUGGGACAGAUUUUUCGCUGAUGAAAUCUCUGUUUCCCAAGCGUACACGCAGUGACCUAAAACGCAAGUACAAAAAAGAGGAGAAGGCAAACGGAAAAUUGGUAUCGAAAGCUCUAAAGUCUGGCGUAAACUUUGAUUUUGAUCUGCUUAAAGAGGAGCUGGAGACUUUUGAACAGAUGGAAUCUAACAAAAAGCGCGUGGAGAAAAAUGCACCAGCCAAAGAGAAGAAAGCAAAGCGUAGAAUUGCUGUUACCAGUUUAGGUCUCGCCGCGUUGAACCACGAAGAUGAAAAACAUAAGCAGGACCCUAAUCAGAUUAAAAAGAAAAAACGAUCCGCUAAACCUCCGAAGCCAGAGAAAGAGCAGCUACCAACCCAGAAAAAGAAGAAAUUAAAACGCUUGAAAUCGGUAUCUGUUCACUCGGACGAAGAUUCUGCAGACGCUGGCAGCGAAAGUGACACUGAAAUCUACAGACCACGUCCAACUCGCUCUGGACGAGUUCCCAGACCUAAAAAAUUCAGGAUCAAUUCUAAGCACAUUCUGGAUAAUAUUCUGGGUGACAAAACUCCUACAGAAGACGCAGACACGCCUGGCGCUGAUUCAGCGCCUGGACCUAAAAUUCUUUCGCUGGAACGCGAUGAAAAUUCUACCACCGACAUCACCAACAUGGAACCCGGGUCUCUUGUUAUUGUUUCUAAAGAAUCACCUGACGAGCCAGGGAAAACAGAGGUCCAAGUUUACAUGGUUAAAUCUACAGACGACGCUCAAAAUAAUUCAGGCUCAAAGCCUGAUCUUGACACUGAUAUGAUUUCAGUGGUUACUAAAAAUCUUAUCGCUUCUCACCGAGAUGAUUUAGAUAUCGACUGA